CGCUACGUGUCCAUCUGCAAACCCCUGCACUAUGGGACCCUCCUGGGCAGCAGAGCUUCUGUCCACAUGGCAGCAGCUGCCUGGGCCAGUGGUCUUCUCUAUUCAGCGCUGCACACAGUCAAUACAUUUUCCCUGUCCCUGUGCCAUGGCAAUGCCCUGGGCCAGUUCUUCUGUGAGGUGCCACAGAUCCUCAAGCUAUCCUGCUCCACAUCCCACCUCAGGGAACUGGGGCUUCUCAGUGUUAGUGCCUUUUUGGUGUUUGGUUGUUCUGUGUUCAUUGUUUUCUCCUAUGUGCAGAUCUUCAGGGCAGUGCUGAGGAUCCCUUCUGAGCAGGGACGGCACAAAGCCUUUUCCACAUGCCUCCCUCACCUGGCUGUGGUCUCCCUCUUUGUAAGCGCCGCUUUUUUCGCCUACCUGAAGCCCCCCUCCAUCUCGUCCCCAUCCCUGGAUCUGGUCCUGUCAGUUCUGUACUCAGUGGUGCCUCCAGCCCUGAACCCCCUCAUCUACAGCCUGAGAAACCAGGAGCUCAAGGCUGCAGUGAGGAGAGUGAUGAUUGGAUGGUAUCAGAAACGUUAA